AUGUCGUAUAGCCGUGGUGACAAUACAUUGAAAGUCUCGGCACAGUUGUUCGCUGAGAAUCGAGCCCGUCUUGUUGCGGCACUCAAGAGUAGCGCCCCAGGAAGUGUUGUGCUGUUACAGGGAGGAACUGAGAAGAAUCGCUACAACACUGACGCAGAAGAUCUACCUUUUAGACAGGAAUCUUAUUUCUUCUGGGCUUUCGGUGUCCACGAAAGCGGUUUCUUUGGAACGAUAGACGUUGAUUCAGGGGAAUCGUGCCUUUUUGCGCCAGUUCUGGACCCUAGUUAUGCUAUUUGGGAUGGCAAGAUCCAGACGCAUCCAUUUAUUCAAGAGAACAAGUACGCAAGAGCAGAAAACACUGACAGCGGCAACGUUCUGGAACCUCCAACAUUCCCUGGCAAAGAGUCAUUUGACAUAGAUGUCAAUAAACUAUAUCCAAUCAUGGCCGAGUUACGAGUUUUCAAGACGGAUAAGGAGUUGGAGGUGAUGAGGUACGCUAGUAAAAUCGCCUCUGAAGCUCAUCGUGCAGCAAUGAAAGCUAUCCGUGCUGGCUUGUACGAAUAUCAAAUGGAAAGUGUUUUCCGUCAUACGUCGUAUUAUCAUGGAGGAUGUCGUCAUCUUGCUUACACCUGCAUUGCAGCAACGGGAUGCAAUGGCUCCAUUCUCCACUACGGACAUGCCAAUGCUCCCAACGAUAAGCAGAUCAAGGAUGGCGAUAUGUGUCUGUUUGAUAUGGGCCCGGAAUACAACUGUUACGCCUCCGAUGUUACCACAUCAUUCCCUGCAAACGGAAAAUUCACUGAAAAGCAGAAAAUAGUGUACAACGCUGUUCUCGAAGCAAAUCUAGCAGUGUUUAAAGCAGCUAAGCCAGGAGUUCGAUGGACCGACAUGCAUAUUCUGUCAGAGAAAGUAAUACUUACACACCUUCAAAAAGCAGGGCUACUAACAGGUGACAUCGACGAGAUGGUCAACGCAAGACUAGGAGCUGUGUUCAUGCCUCAUGGCCUUGGUCAUUUGAUUGGUCUCGAUGUGCAUGACUGCGGUGGAUAUCUCGGAGAUGCCUUACCGCGCUCACAGCUGCCUGGACUCCAGUGCCUGCGUACCACUAGGACAUUAAAGGAAAGAAUGGUGAUUACCAUUGAACCCGGCUGUUACUUCAUUGACACACUACUCGACGCCGCUUUGAAGGAUCCAAAGCUGGCAAAGUUUAUGGUGAAGAGUGAAAUCGACAAAUAUCGUGGACAAGGAGGGGUUCGUAUUGAAGACGACGUAAUCAUUUGGGAGAAGGGCAAUGAAAACAUGAGUGACGUACCGAGAACAGUCGAGGAAAUCGAGCAUUUCAUGUCAUCGGAAGUGUUUGAUGACUGUACAAUCAAGAAGAGUAUCUCUAAUCACCUCAACAAACACUAA